AAGACCUUAGCCUCACCGGAUAAGAAAGCGGCGAAGAGGUUUGUCUGGAAGCCCGCCACGAGUGUACGCAAGAGAAGAGGCGACAUGGCUCUCCUCCUCCCUUCUCUCUCCUUCCUUCCUCCCUCUUCUCCUCCUUGUCUCUGGGCUCCUUCUAUUCCCAUCAAAGCUAAUCCAUGUAAAAUCUCUGGGUGUUUCGCAUUGAGGUUGCACCAGAAAGGCCUCUUUCAAAGGAGGUCUUUAAAUGGAGUCAGCAUUCCUGCUCCUUUUCCUUUUGGGGAGAAGAGGUCACUGAUCACUCGUGCUUCCUCAGAGACUGAUGGAAAUGAUGGAAGUGAACUUGUUCCACCAUCUGAAGGGGCAGCAGAGGCUAUAUCAGUGGAGAACCUUCCUUUGGAGUCAAAAUUGCAGAUGAUGCUUGAGCAGAAGAGAAGGAUGAAGCUGGCCAAGAAGAUAAGGCUUCGCAGGAAGAGGCUUGUACGGAAGCGGCGGAUGAGGAAGAAGGGCAGAUGGCCACCAUCGAAGAUGAAGAAGAACAAGAAUGUCUGAUCCAUGUUGGAUCACCUUGCAGGGAAUUUCAACUCCUUUGUCAAAAUGGUAUAGGUUGAAUCUCCAAUUAGAUUCUUCGUUCAUUUGGUGGUGAAAGGAAGAUCGCUUCUUUUGCUAAAUUUAGAAAUAUCUGCAAAACCAGACCAAGGUCGGAGGAAUCUGUAUCGGGCACCGUACCGGUUCUCCGGUAGGACGACUCGGUACAGGCCAUGCCGGAACUAUAUGGAGAGAGGGCACGACACCGUGGGAGAGAGAAAAGGAGAAAGAAAAGCGAGCAGGGGAGGGAGGGAGGGCUAGCGGACGUUGCGGGGGGCUGGUUGUGCUUUCUGUUACAAACUAUUGUCAAGAAGCCAAAAGGCAAUACCUCUAUUAUUUGCUUAGUAUGCUGUGAUUUGAAUGCAUAUAAUGAGAACCAUCAUAGGGCAUCAUAAUGGGAGAAUAGUUAGCAGAGAAUUUCUCACCCUUAUACAAUAUAAGUUUAUCAUCCCCAAAUAUAUGGAACAUGGCUGUUACUUUGAUUUUAUUAUAAUACUACAUAAUUAUUUGAUGGCCUAA